AUGCUGCCUGGUAUGCGGGACGGGACGAAGGAGAACGCUCCGCGCGACGGCGUCUCGCCGGUCAAGUCGGCGGUGACUAGCGCAGCGUCCUCGCCGACGCCGCUUUCGCGCCGUCUGCAGGCCAACACGAGCUCCACGCCGAGCGCGAGCCCCAAGGGCCGCCGCGAGGCGCGCGCCGAUCCGGCGGACACGAGCGCUGCGGCGCUCUCGCGCACGAGCUGGCGCUCGCAGAACGUUUCCGAUGCGCUGCAGCCCUGGGAGAAGGAGGUUGUGCAGCUGCCCGAGGUCCAGCGCAAAGCGACGCUCGCCCAGAUCUACUUUUUGAACCACUACUUUGACUCGCUGCGCUACCUCGCCGACCGCCGCGAGCGCCUGAACCAAUUCGAGCGCGGAAUGCAAGAGAAGGGGUACGUGUCGCCCGAGCAGCAGAUGGAGCAGGCGAUCGCCUCGAUGAGCCUCGCCAACGGCCGCCAGACGCGCUCCCGCGCCGCCGCCUCGCGCGUGAGCGAGGAGGAGUACAAGGCCGCGAAGCAGGAGCACUUUGCCGAGGAGCGCUCGCUCCUGCUGCACCGCCGCACCAAGCUGCGCCUCGCGCAGUUCCACAUCGUCACGCAGGUCGGCCAGGGCGGCUACGGCGAGGUGUUUUUGGCCCGCAAGCGCGAUACCGGCCAGCUGUGUGCGCUGAAGCGCCUGCGCAAGCGCGUGCUCAUCAAGAUGGAUGAAGUGCGCCAUGUGCUCACCGAGCGCGAUAUCCUUACUGCGACGCGCACGCCGUGGCUCGUGCGUCUGCUCUAUGCCUUCCAGGACGAAUCGCACGUCUUCCUCGCGAUGGAGUACGUGCCGGGUGGCGACUUCCGUACGCUGCUGAACAACAGUGGUGUGCUGCGCGAAGAGCACGCGCGCUUCUACAUUGCCGAGAUGUUUGUGGCGGUCAAUGAGCUGCACAAGCUCGGCUACAUCCACCGCGACCUGAAGCCAGAGAACUUCUUGAUCGACGCCCAAGGACAUAUCAAGCUGACCGACUUUGGUCUCGCGGCCGGCGCGCUGAACCCCGGCCGGAUCGACUCGCUGAAGCGGCGACUCGACCAGGUGAAGGAUACCGACAUGGUCUACCGCACGCCCGCCGAGCGCGGCUCGCUCUACCAGGCGAUGCGUGCGCACAACGUGCAGUACGCCGACUCGGUCGUCGGCUCGCCCGACUAUAUGGCGCCCGAGGUCCUGCGCGGCCGCGAGUACGGGACGAGCGUCGACUACUGGUCGCUCGGCUGCAUUCUCUACGAGUUCCUCUGUGGCUUCCCGCCGUUUAGCGGCGCGCACCCCGACGAGACGUGGGCGAACCUGAAGAACUGGUCCAAGGCGCUCCAGCGCCCAGUCUACGACAAGCCCGAGGACCUGCAAUUCAACCUGACAGACACCGCGUGGGACAUGAUCAUCCGCCUGAUCAACACGCCCGAGCGCCGCUACCAGGCGCUGAUCGAUGUGCAGGCGCACCCCUUCUUCCGCGGCAUGGACCUGUCGCGGAUGCGCGAGAUCGCUGCACCGUUUAUUCCCCAGCUCGAGUCCGAACAUGACACGGGGUACUUUGACAACUUUGACGACCCCGCCGACAUGGCCAAGUACAAAGAGGUCCAGGAGAAGCAGCGCCACGUGGAGGCCAUGGAGGCCAAGAACGGCCAGACAGACGGCGGCCGCGGCAUGUGGGUCGGCUUCACCUUUGGCAAGAACUGGGCCAAGUCCGGCCAGCAGCCGCCGGUGCCGCAGCGCUCUGCGUCGACUAAACUGUCCACGAUGUUUUAG